AUGGGUUUGAGACAGGCGUCGUUGUCGGGUUUCUUUCCUGGUAAUGGCCGAUCGUCGGGUGGAUGUGAGCGGCAAGCCAAGAAGGCCUACGAAGGGAGUACGAAAGGCGCCAAGCAAGGGUCAGGUCUGCCAAUCCCAAGGGUCAUUACCAAGGGCUUGGAGAUGUUUCCUCUGCCGACCGGCGUUAUUGCAGCUCUCUGCCAAGCCCCCGUGCCGAGCUCUUUAGUCAAAGAUAGGGACAAAUUCCGCACGAAUGACGCGCUGAAUUUGGAAGGGCGUUGUCUUGGUUGCACACACCCACACAACAACAACAACAACAACCUCUUGACUCUGACGCCAAUGUUCCUGGCAAAAUCUGUCCACUUCCUUUACUGGACUUGUCAUGGUCGUAUUGGGUGGGAGAUCGCCGCCCAGGAUUUGUGGCGACGAGGCAAACGGUGA